AUGGGGGUCGCGUCCAUCGCAGCGUCCGCCCCGCGCGCAGGGAGUCCCAGCCCCGGGAAGCGCGGUUUAAAUGCCGCUAACGAUGCCUGCCGCUCCUGUCGGUGGGGUCGGGAGCUCGUCGGGCAGGUGGAGGGCAUAAAGGAGCCCGUCUGCACGCCAGCGGGACCGUCCCAGCCCGAUCUGGAGGCUCCUCUGUCAUCUGAGGGCAGUGGGACCUGCUCUCUACGGAAGCAUCCUACGGGGCCCAGCACAUUGAUCCACUGUCGGUGUGCCAAGUGUUUCUGUUACCCUACGAAACGAAGGAUAAGGAGGAGACCCCGAAACCUAACCAUCUUGAGUCUUCCUGAAGAUGUGCUGUUUCACAUCCUGAAAUGGCUUUCUGUUGGGGACAUCCUCGCUGUCCGAGCUGUACACUCUCACCUGAAGUACCUGGUGGACAGCCACGCCAGCGUGUGGGCAUGUGCCAGCUUCCAGGAGCUGUGGCCUUCUCCGAAGAACCUGAAGCUCUUUGAAAGGGCUGCUGAGAAGGGCAACUUCGAAGCUGCGGUGAAGCUGGGCAUAGCCUACCUCUACAACGAAGGCCUGUCUGUGUCUGACGAGGCCCGGGCCGAAGUGAACGGCCUGAAGGCCUCCCGCUUCCUCAGCCUGGCCGAGCGCCUGAACACGGGCACGCCGCCCUUCGUCUGGCUCUUCAUCCGCCCACCGUGGUCAGUGUCUGGGAGCUGCUGCAAGGCCGUGGUGCACGAGAUCCUGCAGGCCGAGUGCCAGCUGCUGCGGACUCACAAGGCGUCCAUCCUGCACUGCCUGGGAAGAGUGCUGAGUCUUUUCGAGGACGAGGAGAAGCAGCAGCAGGCCCGAGAGCUGUUUGAAGAGGCCGCGAAUCAGGGAUGUUUGUCCAGCUCGUACCUCCUCUGGGAAAGUGACAGGGGGACAGACAUGUCGGAUCCCGGACGAUGCCUCCACAGCUUCCGGAAGCUCAAGGACUGUGCUGCCAAGGGCUGCUGGGAAGCACAGCUGGCCCUGGCCAAAGCCUGUGCAAAUGGAAACCAGCUUGGUCUCGAAGGAAAAGCCUCCAGCGAGAUCGUCUGCCCGCUGUUCCAGGCUUCCCGGGCCGUCAGUAAGCAGCAGGUGUUCGCUGUGCAGAAGGGGCUCAACGACACAAUGAGGUACAUCCUGAUCGACUGGCUGGGGGGGGGGGCCCCCAUGAAGGACUUCUCCAGCCUGUGCCUGCACCUGACGGUGGUGUGUGUGCACGGGUCCCUGCGGCGGAGGCCGGUGGCCCGGCACCGGCUCCAGCUGCUAGGCAUCGCCUGCAUGGUCAUCUGCACCCGGUUCAUCAGUAAGGAGAUCCUGACCAUCCGGGAGGCCGUCUGGCUCACAGACAACACCUACAAGUACGAGGACCUGGUGCGGAUGAUGGGCGAGGUCGUCUCCGCCCUGGAGGGGAAGAUUCGCGUUCCCACGGUGGUCGACUACAAAGACGUCCUGCUGGCGCUGGUCCCUGAGGCCCCAAGAACGCAGCACCUCUGCAGCUUCCUCUGUGAGCUGUCCCUGCUGCACACGGGCCUGUCGACCUACGCUCCAGCCCGCCUGGCCUGCGCCGCCCUGCUCCUAGCCAGACUGUCACAUGGGCAGACACAGCCCUGGAGCGCCCGGCUGUGGGACCUAACUGGAUUCUGCUGUGAGGACCUCGUGCCCUGCGUCCUGAGCCUCCAUAAGAAGUGCUUCCACGACGAUGCCCCCAAGGCCCACAGGCAGGUGUCUCUGACCGCAGUGAAGCAGCGAUUCGAGGACAAGCGCUACCAAGAGAUCAGCCAGGAGGAGGCGCUGAGCCACAGCCAGCUGUGUGCGGCCCUGGGCGUGAAGCAGGAUCGCGCUGAGCCCACAGCCGUCCUCAGUGCGGGGGCCGUCCACGCCUUCCUCACCUCUCCCUCCGGGAGGAGGUCCAAACGGAAGCGGGAGAACAGCCUCCAGGAGGACAGGGGCAGCUUCGUGGCCACCCCCACUGCAGAGCUGUCCGGCCCAGAGGAGGCGCUGCUGGGCAGCUUCCUGGACUGGAGCCUGGGUUGCUGCUCCGGCUAUGAGGGCGACCAGGAGAGCGAGGGCGAGAAGGAGGGUGACGUCACAGCACCCAGCGGUAUCCUUGAUGUCACCGUGGUUUACCUGAACCCAGAGCAGCAUUGUUGCCGGGAGUCAAGCGACGAGGAGGCCUGCCCAGGGGAUGAAGGACGCCGUGACACACACUUCUCAGUGCCAGGCACACAGAUACCUCCGACGCCAGAGCCCGAACCCCGCCUCUGCAGCAGGAGGGAGCCCAGCAGGGACGUGUCGACCUCGGGGUACUCCUCCAUUAACAGCGCAAGCCCCACGAGUUCAGUGGAUGGCAUCUUGGGGGGCCUUCCCCAAUCUACCUCAGUGCUGUCCCCAGGCAACACCACCCACACACAACCUUGCCACCAUCAGGCCAGGAAUUCACGUGUACAGCACCAGCCCGCCAGCCCACCAGGGAGUGGCACCGCCCGGCAGCAGGUGAAGCGGAAGAGCCUCCGUGUGCAUCGCGAGGAGGCAUACACGGACUUGGGCUUGCCACGGCCAUGAGCCUGUGCAGUGCAUUUGGGAACGUUUCCCCGGGGCUGCUGGCAGGCCUGGUGCGGGCCAGGGGCUGGGUUGAAGCAGCAUCCAGCACAUCGGGCCGUUGCACAGAGAGCAGGGGUAACUGGUGGACACCAGGCCGCUGUCCCCAGGGCAGCAGUCAGUGUCUGAAUCAGAAGGAAGAGGUCAGACCUGUCUCUGGCAAGUCCAGCCUCAAAGCAAUCAUGCCACACUGUGAAACCUUUGUCCCCUCCUGUAUCCCGUCUGGUAUCCCCAGCCCCCAUGGGGCCCAUGCCAGGAGCCAGCAGCUUUCACAUCCAACACGCCUGUGACCCAGGUAAUCCUGGCACAGCCAGAGCCCUGCCCCGUCUGUCCAGUUGGGGCUCCAAUGGGGCCACUGACCACCUUGGCCUACCUGCUAUGGUCUGGGUGCUGGGUGCCUGGCAGAGGGACCCAGGAAGUGGGCACCCAGACACCUUGGCCACAGCCUCCCUCCCCUGGGCUCAUUUUAGACAUCUGUCCCUUCUCCGGGAUAGUGUGUGUCCCCCGUGAUGUCCAUGUGGACGUCUCUGCACCAAGUUUCUGGCCACUCUCCCUGUCUUAAUUUUUACGUUUUCAUCCUUCCAAGAUGAAAACAAAAGAAAUUUAAGAUAGAAGAUGUAAAGUUAAAAAAAAAAAAAAGAAAAGAAAAAUGAUUCUCAACAUUAUUUACGUUCAAUUAAAAAGGAACCAUCGGGGACCAGCCAUUGGCAUAGUAGUUACGUCACUGGACUCCCAUGUGACUAACCGGCUUGAAACCCAGCCAGGGAUGAGCAUGUGUGUGCCCAGGUUCUGGGAAGAGAACAAAG